AUGUCUGACCCGGUCGAUGCGCCCCCGGCGACAAACGGUGGCUCUUUCGAAGCUGCCAAGACCAACGUCGCCACUGCCUAUGACUCUGUCACCAACGGCCCUGUUGCACAGAACGUCAAGGACCACACUGCAAAGGCCUCGUCUGAGUUGUCCACCCUGGCAGCCUCUCGCAGGACUCCUGUCAACCCCGCUGCUACGGGCCAGUCUCUGACACACUACCACUCCUUCUUCUCGGAACUCCUUUCUUGGAAGAAUCCUCGCGCCUCGGCCAUUGCCUUUGCUUCGAUCGUUUCCCUCAUCUUCGCCGCUAGGUACCUCGAUGUGAUCCGUUACGCCUUCAAGCUGUGCUGGAUGGCCCUCGCCGUCACCGUCAGCGCCGAGGCUGCCGGCAAGCUUGUCCUUAACCACGGGCUCGCCACCCAAAUGAGGCCUCGUCGAUACUACACCGUCACGCGCUCCACCCUCGACAGCAUGAUUGGCGACGUCCACGAGCUCGUCAACUUCUUCGUCAUUGAGGGCCAGCGAAUCCUCUUCGCCGAGAACAUGGGCGCAUCCGCUGCUGCCUGUGUUGCUGCCUUCCUCUCCUACCACCUCGCCAAGCUUGUCCCUUACUGGGGCCUCGCUGUCAUCGCCACCACGGUCGCUUUCAUCGUGCCUCUUGUCUACAACUCCAACCAGGAGCUCAUCGAUCACCACAUCAAGAACGCCUCCGAGGUGAUCAGUGCCCAGACGGCCCAGGUCCGCGAUGUGGCCCAGAAGCAGGCCGGCCACCUCACGUCCAUGGGCAAGCAGUACGCCGGCGACUACACCGACAAGGUCCAGAACAUGAUUCGUGGCCGAUCAGCCUCCCCCGAGGCCACAACCAAGCCAGCAUUCGCUGCCAAGGAGCUUGAGCUUCCGUCUCCUCCGACUGAGGACCCCCUCAAGGCCACGGAGCCCGAGGGCGAUGUUCCCGCAGGUCCCGUCGUGCCUGAGCAGGAGCCCCUGAUUGCGACCUAG